CGGAAGACGAAGAGGACAAUAAAGAGGGGGAUGAAGAAGAGGAGGCAGACAGCUCGAGCCUUCCGUUACCUGCCACAGCGCUGUUCCUGCGCAUGACGAGCGAGAGUAAAGCGCAAUGCUCCGCAUUGGCAGCAGAACCAGCAGCAGCAGCAGCAUCAUGCCAGCUCCUCUACUCGGAGAUGUGUUCCCUAACUUUGAAGCAGACACCACCAUCGGAACAAUCAGACUCCACGACUACCUGGGAGACUCCUGGGGCAUCCUGUUCUCGCACCCACGGGACUACACGCCGGUCUGCACCACCGAGCUGGGACGAGCAGCCGCGCUGGGUCCACAGUUUGCUAAGCGCAAUGUUAAGUUGAUAGGUUUGUCCAUCGACAGUGUUGAGGACCACCAUGGCUGGAGUAAGGACAUCCUGGCCUACAAUAAUGAUGAGACCGUCUCCGUCUUCCCGUUUCCCAUCAUAGCAGAUGCUAAGCGUGAGUUGGCUGUGGAGCUGGGGAUGUUGGAUGCGAAUGAGAAAGAUCAGUCCGGCAUGCCGCUGACUGCCCGAUGCGUUUUUGUGAUUGGUCCUGAUAAGAAGUUAAAGCUCUCACUGCUCUACCCGGCCACUACGGGACGCAACUUUAACGAGAUUCUACGAGUGAUUGAUUCCUUGCAGUUAACAGCGAAUCAGCAGGUGGCGACACCUGUAGACUGGCAGUCUGGAAAUCGGGUCAUGGUUCCACCUAGCAUCCCUGAGGAAGAAGCCAAGAGAAUGUUCCCUGCUGGGGUGUACACUAAAGAGCUUCCAUCUGGAAAGAAGUAUCUGCGCUACACACCACAACCAUGAACAGUGGAACCUUGCUUGACAAACCAUAAGACGAAUCUCAGACGAACCCAAGCCACCCAUCAGAGGACCAAAUCCCUGGACAAAACCGGGAGACCAAAUGCAAACCGAUUAAAUAAACAAAUGUGCAGCCCACUGAGAGUCUGCUAAAUACUGGCUUCGGACACGGUGUAACUGUCAUACAGUUAUACAUUGGAGUGCAGAAGUUUGCACACCAUUAAAACAAGACAAAGGUAAUAAACUUUAAUGUAGAGCAUUAAACAUUCGUCUUAAAAGUGUUAUGUUGUGGAUUGUUGCAGGGCAUGCCCACUUUGAAUUAUUACAGUUUGGGAAUUUUUUUAAAUUAUUUUUUUUAUUCAUUUUUAUUACAGAAAACGUGUUCUUUCAAAUACCCAGAUCUAUGUACUGUAGUUAAGGUUUUCGUCUACUCUCGGAAAUGAUGUUGUUGUCCUACAAGAAUAAGUUGACCCAGAUUGACCUUCUGUAUUGAAAUAAAAGUCUUGAAAUUUC